CCUGCUUCCCAUCCCCGCGGAAAAAAAAACCUAGCUCUCUUCUUCUUCCUCACAGCAAAAAAGAAUGCCGCCAAAGUUCGAUCCAUCGCAGGUUGUCGAAGUGUAUGUCCGAGUAACAGGUGGCGAGGUAGGAGCAGCAUCAUCAUUGGCUCCAAAAAUAGGACCAUUAGGUCUAUCCCCUAAGAAAAUAGGUGAAGACAUUGCUAAAGAAACCUCUAAAGACUGGAAAGGCUUACGUGUCACCGUUAAGCUAACUGUCCAAAACCGUCAAGCUAAAGUAUCAGUUGUACCUUCAGCAGCAGCACUUGUAAUAAAGGCAUUGAAAGAACCUGAAAGAGAUAGGAAGAAAACAAAGAAUAUAAAACAUAAUGGGAAUAUAUCACUUGAUGAUGUUAUUGAGAUUGCUAAGGUUAUGGCUAUUAGAUCUAUGGCUAAGGAAUUGAGUGGUACUGUUAAGGAGAUAUUGGGUACGUGUGUCAGUGUUGGUUGUACUGUUGAUGGUAAAGAUCCUAAGGAUUUGCAACAAGAGAUCUCUGAUGGUGACGUGGAAAUUCCUGAGAAUUAAAUAGAAGGUUAAAUUCGGAAUUUUUGGCGAUAUAGUAGUUUGAUAAUUUGAAUUACACUGGGCGGGCAUGUUGUUGUUGCUGUUAUUGAUUGGUAGCACAAGUUAUAAAUAGUUUAAAAAUGCUGAAUAGCCUAUGUUUUCAGUGAUGAUAUGAACAUGCAAUUUGCCCUUUUCCCGAGGUUUAAAAAUUUGAAUCUUGCAAAUGUGAGCGAA